GAGUUUAUUUUUCAUAAAUAUUUUAUGCAUGGCUGAAAAAAGAAUUCGCAAUUUUGAUAAGACAUCUCAACAUUACGAUGAAGAUUUUCACUGUGAGGAAAUUGAUCAUAAUGAAAUCGAAAUUGUACAGCUUAUUGGGAAAGGCUCAUUUGGUUCUGUUUACAAAGCUAAUUGGAGAAGCAAUGUUGUAGCAGUGAAAGCUUUAUCAGGGCUUCCUGAUAAAGGACCGCUCGUUGAAGUUCGUUAUCUUAGUCGUGUUCAGCAUCCUAACAUUAUCGGACUUUACGCCACUUGCAUAAAGAGUUCUAAUGUGUGCCUUAUAAUGGAAUAUGCUGAAGGAGGAUCGUUAUAUAAUUUACUACAUUGUUCAAGAAUAAAAUAUAGUGCGGCUCAUGCAAUGAGUUGGUGCAGACAAUGCGCUGAUGGUGUUGCAUAUCUUCAUGCAAUGUCACCAAAGCCUCUAAUUCACCGUGAUCUUAAGCCUCCUAACCUUCUCCUCGUCAGAGAUGGACUUGUACUUAAAAUAUGCGAUUUUGGAACAGUGACAGAUAAGUCAACACUCAUGACAAAUAACAAAGGAUCUGCUGCUUGGAUGGCACCUGAAGUGUUUGAAGGAUCAAAUUAUUCGGAACGAUGUGAUGUUUUCAGUUGGAGCAUUAUUCUGUGGGAAUGUAUAGCUCGAGAACUUCCCUUUAAAGAGAUUGAAUUAACAUACAGCAUUAUGUGGUGCGUUCAUAAAGGCCAAAGACCGAAUCUUAUUGAAGGUCUCCCUAAACCAAUAGGAAAACUAAUGGUACAGUGUUGGGAUCCUUCACCUCAAAGCCGUCCAUCAAUGGAAGAAGUUCAUCAAAGAAUGAAAGUUCUAUGCCAGUUUUUUCCCGAAGCUGAGCCACUCAACAUGGAAGCACAGCACGACGAUGAAAAUAUUGAGACUGGAGUUGAUACUUAUGAAUUGGAGUCAAUUUAUUGGCCUACUGAUACAACUGAGCGUCCCCAAAUUAAGAUUAAUGCGACAGAUAUGAAUCAUUACAUUUAUUCUAUGUCAUCAGAGAGAGAUUGUUAUGGAUCACGUACUCCAACAAAUCAAUUUUUAACUCCAGGGAUUCCGGUGGAUGCACGAUGGGCUAGUGGAGAUUCUAGUGGCAAUCCCAAAAUCAUUGCAACAAAUGAGGUUCCUAAUGUUAGAGGUAAAGUAGCAUCAAUAUUGCAGCCUCUUCAAAUUGAUAUUGAUCCAAACACAUGGGAACUCAAAAAUCAUGAAAUUCAGCGACUCUUUGGAAAUGUUUCAAAUAACCAAGGAAUAACUUUAACAAAAAACUCAUCAUCGUCACUAUGUCUCAAUGAUCAACAACAACAACAACAAUUUGUUGGAUCGUCACAAGGAUUAUCCAAUCCCAGAUUCAACGUAGAUUCCGCUUCUUUGAAUGGGUUUCAAACGACAAAAAAUGAACUUAAUUUAGCAAUGCUUCAGAUUCUCGAUCCUCAUUUAAGGCCAGUGCCACCAGUUCCUAACGAACCAACUUCACAAAAUAUUUACAAAGAACAUAUGGAUCUUGCUCAAGAAUAUUUUAAAAAUCAGACAGAAAUUGCAUAUCUAACGAAACAUAAAGAAAGUCUCCUCAAAAAUAUGUCACCUGAGGAAAGAAAUCUCCGAUUGGAUAUUUGUAAUAAACUUAAAGAAAAAGAAGCUUUACUUAAACUAGAAGCACAUUUGAGGCAUCAAUUUGAAGCAGUCAGCAAUCAAAGGGAAGAAGAUAUAACGAAUGAAGAUGGAUUUUGUGUACUCUGAAGAACAACAAAUACAUACAUUUAUAGAUAAUACAUUAAAGUAUCUACAAUUUUCAAUGAAAUAUAUUUAUGUAAAUAAUCACGAUUUAAAAGACUCAAAUAAAAUUUUUCCUCUUUUUUUCAAACAAUAAA